AUGAACAGGGGGAGGGGAGCGGGUGGAGUGGAGGCGGAGCACUGUUGGGGACUUUGGCGAGUGGAGGGAGGCCAUUGAUUUUUAGGGUUGGAAAGCCAAAGAGUACUUUUGAAUGGAGGAAAGACUAAUCUGGAUCUUAGUUAUCUAGAAAGACUGACUGGGUAACCGUUUCCAUACGAGGAAUCAGAAACCAAUCGGGAAACGGGCUGAAUAUUCCAAACCGCGAGGGAUCGUGUAACGCAGUUUAGCCCUUUUGGAAAGGGGGCGAGCAAUUGUCCCAAACCCGGCGGCGUGUUCUGUCGUUACAAGGGACCACAGAACAAGAGCGCAAGAAAUGUGAGCUCCUAAGAACUGAACAUUUUGAAUUUAUAUCAGUUGCCCGAUAAAGCCUACACUUGGAUUAUCUUUAUGGAUUGUAUUCUGUAAUUUAACGGGAUACAAAAGCAUUGCGUCUCUGUGGAGCGUUGCCUCGCGCACCCCUCUCGGUGAUGAAUGACUGUAUUCACACGCGUAGCGGGGCUUCCAGCAAAGAACAGAUGCAGAAACCGAGAAUGGAUGCGGCUCAUAGCUUUUGUAUAGCCUGGAUGAUUUUUAGUUGAAUAAAUUAUAUUGUAUAUGAAGAGGAAUCAAGUUACAAACCUUUCCUUCCCGAAUGAUGUAUUUGGAAAAGAAACUGAAUUAGGAUACAUCUCCGCCGCCAGAUUUGUCACUGUUUAGGGUUUUCUUUGUGUCGAGAUUUUUAGGCUACGAUUCACGUUCACCCAUUUGGGUAUCACAUUUUGAAAAGAAAGGUCUGCCCCCCCCCCUCUCCUCCGGCCUCCAAGAUAGAUUCCUUCAGGAGUAAGGUUGAGCUCCUCCGCCUGCCUCUGGCCCUCUCAUCCAAGUCCAUCAGCCACCGCAAGAGUCAGCUGGGCGGAGCCGGGCAGCACGGCACGGGGGGAGGAGGUGCCCACAGGGGCAAACCCCGCCCACCGGCCUCUGACAUGGACAACGAGUCGCAGUACUCGGGCUACUCCUACAAGUCCUCACACUCCCGCAACUCUAGGAAGCACAGGGAUAGGCGGGACAGGCACCGCUCCAAGAGCAGAGACGGCAGUAGUCGUGGAGACAAGUCGGUCACCAUCCAUGCCCCUGGAGAGCCUCUACUGGACACCGAGUCCACCCGCGGAGACGAUCGGGAUGAUAACUGGGGUGAGACGACCACCGUGCAGACUGGCACGUCAGAACACAGCGUCUCUAACGAGGACCUGACGCGCGUCUCCAAGGAGCUCGAGGAGUCCUCCCCGCUGGAAUGCCGGCGUUUCUUGGGCCCAGGAUUGGGCGCCGUCCUUGGCCUCUUCGCCCUGGUCACCCCCCUGGCUUUCCUGGCUCUGCCGCAGCUGCUGUGGCGCGAGGCCCUGGAGCCCUGCGGCACGCCCUGCGAGGGUCUCUACGUCUCCCUGGCCUUUAAGCUCCUGGUCCUCCUCAUCUCCACCUGGGCUCUGUUCCUGCGCCCGCCGCGCGCUACCUUGCCCCGCUUCUACGUCUUCCGCUGCCUGCUGCUGGCGCUUGUCUUCCUGUUCGUGGCGUCCUACUGGCUGUUCUACGGCGUGCGCGUGCUGGAGCCCCGGGAGAGGGACUACAGGGGCAUCGUGGGGUACGCGGCGUCGCUGGUGGACGCGCUGCUCUUCAUCCAGUACCUGGCCCUGGUGCUGCUGGAGGUCAGACACCUGCAGCCUGCCUUCUGCCUCAAGGUGGUGCGCACAACUGACGGGGAAAGUCGCUUCUACAACGUGGGACAUCUCAGUAUUCAGAGGGCAGCAGUGUGGGUGCUGGACCAGUACUACAGUGAUUUCCCAGUCUACAACCCUGCCCUCCUCAACCUGCCCAAGUCCAUCCUCUCUAAGAAGAGUUCUGGCUUCAAAGUCUACACUCUGGGUGAAGAGAACAACACUAACAACUCUACGGGUCAGUCCAGAGCCAUGAUCGCUGCGGCCGCCCGCAGGAGAGACAACUCCCACAACGAGUAUUACUACGAGGAGGCAGAGAUGGACCGCAGGGUCCGCAAGCGCAAGGCCAGGCUGGUGGUGGCGGUAGAGGAAGCCUUCACUCACAUCAAGCGUCUCCAGGACGACGAGCCAGCCGCGUCGUCCCCCAAACACCCCCGUGAGGUGAUGGACCCCCGGGAGGCAGCUCAGGCCAUCUUCGCCCCCAUGGCCCGGGCCAUGCAGAAGUACCUGAGGACCACGCGCCAGCAACCCUAUCACAGCAUGGAGAGCAUUAUCAACCACCUGCAGUUCUGUAUCACGCACAACAUGACCCCCAAGGCCUUCCUGGAGCGCUACCUUUCUCCAGGCCCCACGCUGCAGUACCAGCGGGAGAACGGUAUGGGUCGCCAGUGGACCCUAGUGAGCGAGGAGCCGGUGACAUCAGCCCUGAGUCGGGGUCUCGUCUUCUCACUGCGACGUCUCGACUUCUCCCUGGUUGUCACGGUGACACCCCUCCCCUUCCUCCACCUGGGGGAGGAGUUUAUCGACCCCAAAAGCCACAAGUUUGUCAUGAGGCUGCAGUCGGAAACCUCUGUGUAGAGAGGGAGAGAAAGUAGUGGAUAGGGGGGUGCGAGAGAGGAAGAGGGAACCUAUGCUUCAACUUUCCUCAAAGCCCAUCUCUCUCAGUAUUGACCUCCGUGUGAAAAAGGGAGAGAAGACGGCUAUCUGUCUCUUUUUUUGCACAAAGCAGUGGAAAUGUGGCGUCUGCUACCAAGGGCUGGAGGAGAGACCUCCGUUUUAUUAACUAUGUGUGAAUGUCUUUGUGUGUGUUACUGUGUUAGUCAUUGGGACUUGUAUGUUUCUCAUUCCUUGACAGUAACUGGACCGCAUUAUUUGAAGUUGAUAUUACUACAUUACUAACCAAUGAACUGAUAAAAUAUUAAAGAUAAAUGUGAAUAGGAAGACUUGAUUUAAAAUUUUAAAAAGAACUAGAAAAGUUACGUGCUCGCAAAAGUUGCAAAUUAGCUACGACGUCAACCAAUCAGGUGAUUGGAAUCACUGAAUCGACAAAUAAACUAACUGCUUCCUGACAGUGGAACCAUUUUCAUUGGACAAAAUCUGACCCUGGUUCAAAGGAAGUGGGUUGUUCUAGGGACAGCUGAUGAAUGUUUAGUUGAAACACUGACCAGCUGAUUUUCAUAAGAAAUGAAACGUUUUAGGAUAUUUUUUGUGACGUUAAUUAAUGGAUGUUAUGUUGGGGACUUUUGAUGUGUAUUCCAGUGUUGGUUUUAUAAUGAAGAAGACGGAACAGAUACAAAAAACAGACUGAACCUAUUGUCGUCAUGAUAUGAGAGGUUAUUUUAGCUUUUCGUGCCAAAUAAAAGUCCAUAUCAGAUAUAGGGCUGAGUCCCAAUAAUAUCUCAUUUCUCCUGAAUUGUGGACUCAUUUACUACUUCCCAUCAAAAGCAUUGCCUUGGUGGAGGCCAGGGCUAGUGGGAGUUUCCACCAUAUUACUUAUACCAGUCAUCAGUCAUUUUUUGGAAGAAAGUCAUGUGUACAACAUGACCACUGUACUGUUUUGAACAUUUGACCAUGCCUAAACACACAAACCAACACAUUUGUUUUUAUUAACCUGUACUUGCGUGCAGUUUAAGAUAUGAUUUGUUCGAAUCAAGGCUCUGAGGUGAACAUCAGCAACAGUCCUUAUGGGUCCAGCACAAACAACGGUUCUUGGGCUCUUUGGCAGCUUAGAGCUGCUGUAGUCUGUCUCCUAUUGUUGUAUAUAAAUGGUUUUAUCUUUUUAUAUGUGUACCAUAUGUUCGAGACAAUGGUAGCUUUUUUUUCUUUUUUUCUACAUAAGAACUGCAUUUUAUUUGAUAUUUUUUAGUAUCACUUCAUGUUGUAAAUACAUUUGUAGAUUGCAGUUAUGAUGUGAAUGUUUUUCAUAUUUCAUAAUUUUAGGACUAAAUUGUUACGACCUUUUAAAUAAAUGAUCUUUCGUGAUAUGAUGCAAUGUGCCCCUCCCACCCCUGUCUCUCUGUCUCAUAUUUAAAUUUAUAGUAGUAUUGGAACGCCAAUUUAUAUUACUAGAUUUGUCAGAGAAUUCAUGCUGAAUGUACAAUUCAAAGGAAUAGUGUGGAAUAACCUUUUUAUACUUGUGACUUUGACAAACUGGUUUUUGACAGGCUUCCGCUUCGUUAACAUACCUAACCACAAACCAUAGAGGAUGUAGCCUCUGCAUCAAACUUGUCACUAGAAGGCGGAACAGUAUCCAUUUUGAAGGUCCCAUUUCAAUAUGGCAUGUGUUGUUCUCGCUCUUCUUACAAUCUUACCAGUGGUGAUGGGAGAUACCACUGGUUACCUGGGAGAUUCGGUCACCUUGUCUUCUGGAGCCAACUCAUCCUGGAUCUUGAGCAAGAUAGAGUGGUCUAUAUUCAGCAACAACACCUGGAUUGCAACGUACAGGAAAGAAACACACAUUCUCAAAACAGACCGUUUCUGGCAGUUUCAGGGUCGUCUAAGACCCUACUCAACAAAUUGGAUGCAGUCUAUCACAGUGCAAUCCGUUUUAUCACCAAAGCCCCAUAUACUACCCACCAUUGCGACCUGUACGCUCUCGUUGGCUGGCCCUCGCUUCAUACUCGUCGCCAAACCCACUGGCUCCAUGUCAUCUACAAGACCCUGCUAGGUAAAGUCCCCCCUUAUCUCAGCUCGCUGGUCACCAUAGCAUCUCCCACCUGUAGCACACGCUCCAGCAGGUAUAUCUCUCUAGUCACCCCCAAGACCAAUUCUUUCUUUGGCCGCCUCUCCUUCCAGUUCUCUGCUGCCAAUGACUGGAACGAACUACAAAAAUCUCUGAAACUGGAAACACUUAUCUCCCUCACUAGCUUUAAGCACCAACUGUCAGAGCAGCUCACAGAUUACUGCACCUGUACAUAGCCCACCUAAAAUUUAGCCCAAACAACUACCUCUUUCCCAACUGUAUUUAAUUUUUAUUUAUUUAUUUAUUUUGCUCCUUUGCACCCCAUUAUUUUUUUAUUUCUACUUUGCACAUUCUUCCAUUGCAAAACUACCAUUCCAGUAUUUUACUUGCUAUAUUGUAUUUACUUUGCCAUCAUGGCCUUUUUUGCCUUUACCUCCCUUCUCACCUCAUUUGCUCACAUUGUAUAUAGACUUGUUUAUACUGCAUUAUUGACUGUAUGUUUGUUUUUACUCCAUGUGUAACUCUGUGUCGUUUUAUCUGUCGAACUGCUUUGCUUUAUCUUGGCCAGGUCGCAAUUGUAAAUGAGAACUUGUUCUCAACUUGCCUACCUGGUUAAAUAAAGGUAAAAUAAAAAAUAAAUAAAUAAAAACAUCUCGUCCGGGGACUUAGAGAUAAGAGAUGUGAGGAUAGGGGAUGCCCUGGUUUACUCUGUUCUCCUUAAAGACUAUAAGGGAGAGCAGCAUAACGUACCUGUCCAGCUCACUGUGACAGGUAAGGCUCUCAAUCACAACAAUGUACCUGUAUUAAAGGUGCACUCUAGGAUUUCCAUCAGAUUUGCCGGUGCAAGUGAGCCCAGAACCCAAGGGUCCCAAAAUGGCAAUUAAAUGCAAGCUUCACCCCCCCAAAACAUGUAUUGUUAAACAUUUGUAGUCUGUCUAUCUAUGGGUAACAGGGUAUACGUGUUAUGCUCGACUCACUCAGUUUUCCACCACAAAACACCAGAAAAAGGCCAAAAAAGAGUAGAACCAGCUCGCCUGCUUUUACAUUAUGAUUUCAAUAUUAGAUGUUCAAUGUUUCUUUUGGAAAAAAUAUGAAUAGUUUCACAAUAUUAAAACGAGAGUCCAGUUCACGUAACAGGGUUGACCUUAACAUGAGGGACAGGCGUUUCAUGUGAUAAGAUGAAUCACUAAUCAUAUGAAAUAAAUAAUAAUCUUCAGAAAUUAAUUUGAUAAAGCAACAAAAUAACUAGGGCUUUACAAUGAUGGUGAACACUUUUGGGGUUGGGGUUAAUUAUGUUGAGAUCUAUCUAGAAAUCACAGUAGGUGCGGACAGGAGGGACAUGUUAAAAUGCAGAAUUUUGGCACUUUCUCACAGAUUUAUUAUAUUUUCUAUGAGGUCUUAUUCUUAUAACAGGCUUUUAAAACUGAAUAUUUAAGCACAAUUUCUAAUUAAAAUAUCAAAGGGAUGCAAAAGGUACUCAUUUGGUGGACCAACUCUACUGUAUUCAUGUUGUAUUCCCAGUUUUGUUUCUGGAAAAUGUGUUUUCUAUUCACGAGAGCUUCCUGUAUUUCCGUUCAAAUGCCCAGAGCGUCUCAGGAAGCCCAGCGUCCGUAAGGUCUUCAGCAUGUUGAAGGACAGCCAUUGUGUGAUGGCUCUUCAGUGCUCCUCUUCAGUGAAGGACACCCACCUCUCCUGGGAACCAGAGGCUGCGUUUGAGGAUGCCUUCUGGAAGGGGAAUCCCAACACCAACAUCUCUGUCGUCUGGACGUCUUACAGCCCCAACAGAAAUGCCACCUUCACCUGUACUGCCAGCAAUGGGCUCUCUAAAGCCUCCAGGGUUGUGACGGAGAGAUGCCAAGAGCCCGGCAUGGUGGGAGAGACCCGCUUCCCUGGAAUAGUUGUUCUAAUGUUGCUCUUAGGAAUUGUGUUUGGAUGUGUUUUAACAUAUAUUUGUUUUAGAGUUGAGUUAAAAAUGUUCCCUGUACCAACUUUGUAAACUUUGUUUUCAUGUGCAUGAUGCCUUGCUUAAAAUUGAUGUAAAAAAUCAAAUCCGCUGCAGCUGAUUUGCUUGGUCCUUUCUUGCUGCAGCUUUCUGCGGAGUAAUUAACACAGGUUUUUUUAACUGCCAAUUCUCUUGGGUGUUAUGCCCAGGGUUUGGAAGGCGGCCGUGUUCUCCCUCUCCACAAUGGUGGUGAGAUACCAAACCCGGUCUCGGGAUGGCUUUCCCUUCGAUCUCCAAUGAGUUAGGUAAAUCUGAUUUGAGUUAUCUUGAACUCUACUUGUGGAAAGAUCUCCAAGGCUUUCUAAAGUUGGAUGAAUUGGGGCCUCGAGGGCAAUUCAAAAGGCUAAUUGAGGACCUUUUAUACUGAAGAAUGUAUUUGUUUUCUAUGACUGUGUUUAGCUUUUUGUAUAUUGAUGUGUGCACUAUGUAUAUUGAUGUGCUUAUGAACUGUAUAUUGAUGUGUAUACAGGGUUCAUCUUUAAAAUAGACCUUGGUCUUAGCAUGACUCACUGUUCAAAUAAAGCUGAAUUAUUAUUUAAA